ACGAUCACAGAGACCCCAGAAAAGAAAGAAAGAAAGACAAUCUUCAUGGAUCUUCUUCCUUGAACCCUAAAUCGUCUUUUUCUUAAUCAUGUCUUCCAUUCCAUGAUCCUCGAAAAUCGUGAUCGUAAUAUUCGUUACUGGAAGAAGUUUAAAGAAUUUUCUUCUACUGGGAACUUUGUGUUCACACUGGGGUUUUACACUGAAAUCUUUUCCCUUGGUGUGAAACCUUGGAGGUAGUGGAAAAUGUUCGGGGAAAGUCGUGGCAUUAAUGGUUUACGAGGCAUGGGAGAGGAUGGUGCACUGAGGGGAAGAACUGGUUCAAGUUCAAGGUGGUCAGUUGCUACACGGAAGUUGGACACUAAGCCUGUUUCUAAUCCGAGUAGUUUUGGUUAUGGUUUCGGAUUAUCGUCAUUCGUUGGAUUGAGGAACAGGUCAAGUGCACCUCCACCGUCAGCCACAGCUAAUAAUGGUAGUUCUGGGUCAGACAUGGACAUUGCCUCUGAUUCUGAUGAUGAGACCCUUAAUAGGAAACUCUCGCCCGAUUCAUCUCCUCAGGACCACAAAAUUUCUGUAGGAUUGUUUAACAAACAUCCAGUGAUGGCUCAAAAUGGGCCGGAGGGACUUAGACAUGAUGGUACAAAGGUCUGCGGUGCAGAUGAGUUGUCGGACUCGGCUACGAGCACCGAAGUUUCAUAUGAAGCAGAAAACUGUGGCAUGCGGAACAAUGGAUCUUCAUAUCACGAUUUUCAUAGUCAAUCUCUAUAUGACAGGACAAAGGUUGAAUCAUCUUCAACUUCAUUGCCUCCUUGCCUUCCCAACUUUCAUGCAAGUGAACAAGGUCCAUGGUCUGCCAUGAUUGCCUUUGAAGCCUGUCUUCGGCUAUGUCUUCAUUCCUCGGCAGCAGCAUAUGGUGUUAAUGAGGCUUCAUAUUUCCUGAAUAAUGAAUGCACAUUAUUGCGAAAUGCAUUUGGUUUGCAGAAAUAUUUUCUUCAAUCUGAAGAAGAACUACUGGGAAAGGGGCCUUCUGGGUUGGUUACUGAGACAACAACUGCUCCAAAAUCUAAGAAGACUGUUGGAAAAAUUAAACUCCAAGUUCGUAGAAUCAAAAUGGGAUUGGAUCCACCGCCUGGCUGCAGCAUUUCGUCAAUGAAACUCUCCAAGGAAAAGCUUGAAAUUGUUCGCCAGCAUAUUGCAGAUCUGAAUUCUACUUUGUCUUCUGGAUGGAAAGCAGUGAAGCGAGUUCAUGUCACUCCUCAAGUUCCUUUGAAUGGUUCAAUUUCUCGUCAAAGCUUGGCUUAUUUGCAGGCAGGUGCUCGCUACGUUAAACAAGUGUCAAAGGUCCUAAAGAAUGAAAUAGUUACAUCUCACACGGGACCACAAAACUAUGAAGCAGUACAAGAAACAUAUUCAUGCUUGCUGAGGCUAAAGAGCUCAGCAGAGGAGGAUCAAAUUAAGACUCAACCUGGAUCUGGUGAAACGUUUAUUUUCUUACCUGAUAGUCUUGGUGAUGAUUUGAUUCUUGAAGUGCGGGAUUCAAAGAGGCAAUAUUGUGGUCGUGUCUUGGCUCAGCUGGCUGCUAUUGUUGAUGACCCUAGCGAAAAGCUGCGGUGGUGGCCAAUAUAUCAUGAACCAGAACAUGAACUUAUUGGCAGAAUCCAACUUCAUAUAACUUAUUCAACCAGUCUGGAUGAAAAUGGUCAAACUAAGUGCGGGUUGGUUGCAGAAACUUCUGCAUACGACCUGGUUUUGGAAGUAGCUAUGAAAGCCGAGCAUUUUCAACGAAGAAAUUUGUUGCUGAAAGGGCCGUGGCAAUGGAUGGUUACUCGAUUUGCGUCCUACUACGGUGUUUCAGAUGUGUAUACAAGAUUAAGAUACCUUUCAUAUGUCAUGGAUGUCGCCACACCAACCAAGGACUGUCUUGAUCUGAUACAUGAUUUUCUGCUGCCUGUUCUAAUGAAAGACAAUUACAAGAGUCUAUUGAGUCAUCAAGAGAAUCGCAUGAUGGGGGAAAUCGAUGAACAAAUUCAGCAGAUUCUUGCCUUAGCAUUUGAGAAUUACAAAUCGCUUGAUGAAUCUUCUCUCUCUGGAAUCAAAGAUGUUUUUGAGCCAGCUAUGGGCAGGCCAGCUCCUGCACUAAGACCAGCUGUCAAGCUUUAUGGUCUUCUGAAUGAUGUUUUAAUCCCCGAGGCGCAGUUGAGACUUUGUAAAUAUUUCCAGACUGCUACAAAGAAGAGGUCAAGAACACAUUUAUUAGAAACAGAAGACUUGCUUCAUAGCCGCCGUGAGGGUGCUCAAGUGGAUCCUGCAUUGCUUCCAACAUCCUAUCAAAAGAUGAAAUCUCUAAUUUUGAGCUUUAAAAAUGAAAUCCACACCGAUAUAGAGAUCCACAAUUGCAACGUGCUCCCAAGCUUUAUAGACCUUCGAAAUAUUUCGGCUGCAAUAUAUAGCGUGGAUCUGUGCAAUAGGCUGCAGGGAUUUCUUCUUGCAUGGCCUCCUCCUGGUCCAUCACCGCCAGUUGUUGAUCUUGUUAUAACGACUGCUGACUUUCAGACUGAUAUCUCUUGCUGGAAGAUAAAUCCAAUCAAAGGUGGUGUCAAUGCAAAAGAGCUUUUCCAUUCCUACAUUACUACCUGGAUUGAAGAGAAGAAACGUGCAUUAUAUGAAUACUGCAAGCUAGAGUCGGUAAAACCAUGCAGUGAGAUUCCAGACUUUACCUCUCCUUUUGUUGAUGAAAUGUAUCAGAGGCUGAAUGAGACACUUGACGAGUAUAAUAUCAUCAUUAGGCGUUGGCCAGAAUAUGCUUUACCUUUGGAGAAAGUCGCUGUGGAUGCUGAGAAGGCAAUAGUCGAAGCAUUGGAGAAGCAAUUUGCCGAAGUUUUAUCUCCGUUGAGGGAGAACAAGAUAUUUGGCCUAAAAUAUGUCCAGAAAUUGACCAAAGGCACGAUCACUCCCUACUGUGUUCCAAAAGAGCUCGGAGUUCUUCUGAAUUCGGUGAAAAGAAUGCUUGACAUUUUACGCCCAAGUGUUGAGAAACGGUUCAAAUACUGGAAUUCUUAUUUCCCUGAUGGAGAACAUAGAGUAUUGGGAGAAAGGCUAAGUGAGGUGACAGUGUUAUUGAGAGCCAAGUUCAGAAGUUACAUGCAAGCACUGGUGGAGAAACUAGCGGAGAAUACAAGGAUACAAAGUCAGAUGAGGAUAAAGAACAUAAUCAGGGAUCUAAGGGAGACAACAGAAGAGAGUGAGGUGAGGGGCAGAAUGAAGGGAUUGGAGGAUCUGAUAGAGAAGACAAUUGAACAACUGCACGGUGUAUUCGUGGCUGAUGUUUUCGUAUCAGUCUGCAGAGGGAUAUGGGACCGCUUGGGACAGGAUGUGCUCCGUCUGAUGGAAGACAAGAAAGACAACGUGACAUGGCACAAAGGCCCGAGAAUUGCCAUCUCUGUGAUGGAUGAGAUAUUCGGGAGAGAGAUGCAGGAAAUGAUGGGGAAUGGAAUCAAGGCAGAGCACUUGGAGCCACCUCGGUCUGUCAUGGAUCUCCGUUCUAUGCUUUUGUAAUCAUUUUU